AUGGAACAUGUAAACAAAGUGAAUGGAGAUGAUGAUCUUGCAGAUCAUUGUAAUGAAAGAUUUAAAAAAAAAAAAAAAAAAAAAAAAAAAAAGAUUAAAAAGAAUGUCUAUCUUUUUUUCCAGUUUUUGUUCAUAUGUAUAAUACUGCGUAUAGGGGAUCCGAAAAUUUUAGCCUUUGCAGAAAAUGUUAACAAAAAUGACAUCAAAAAUUUUAAAACUCCAAUAGAUAACGAAAACAUAAAUAAAAAUAAUGAGGGGAAAAAAUCAGGGGGAGAUGAAUCUAACAAGAUAACUAAUAAAAAAUAUACAAAUCCAAAUGAAGACAUUAGAAGAGAUAUUCUCCUGGAUUCAUUUAAUAUAAAAAAAUUUGACGAAAAUAAAUAUAAAUUAAAUUUCAUAGAUGAAACUCUUGGAAAUCAUGCAGACAUAAUUAAAAACAGUACUUUCAUAUUUGACGCUCUGAAUUAUUUAUUUAAAAGUUUCAAAGAAAAUCAUGCAAAUGUAGGGGAACCCGAAAAACAUACCUUAAGACCUGGAAAAGAUUCUGUCGAUGCAAAUGAAAUAAAGAGACUAAUCAUUAUGAAGUUAUUAAAAUGUGUAGCUGUGUUAAUACUAUUAUAUAUAAUUAUAAGAUUGACCUUUUCCUUUAUUAAAAAACUCAUAAAUUUAUUAAUUAUUCUUAUAUUCAAAAUUAUAAAGCUUUGUUGCUGUGGAGGCAGAUAG